AUGAUCUGCAACCCCUCAGCAUUUAUUCUUAGAGUCUUUGUUCUGCUGACGGCCGGCGAGCGUGACGACAUGUGGAAGGUCAAACCUCCUGUUAUUUUUCCUAAAGAGCUGAGAUACCGGCCCAUUCUGGAGAGUUUGGUUCCCCCUGACCCCAUGUCCCAGUUCAACCUGAGGAGAGGUUCCCCUGACGACGAGUUCCCCGACCUGUGCAGGAACGCCACCGUAAUGGGACGGAUCCUCACGCCCGCCAUGUACCGCCGCCAGUUUGAGCGCUGUACCCAAAGCGGAGUCAUGUUUGAUGAUGUCAUCCGCCCCGGCCUGGAGGAACCAGGUGAUUGGUCGGGUCCUGUCUCUGUCGGCUGUGUCGCCGGUGACGCUCAGUCCUACAUCCUGUUCUGUGACUUCUUUGACCGAGUCAUCGAGGCGUUUCACGGACACAAGGUCACCGACCAGACGCCACAGAGCGACCUCAACUCUGACAACCUAAAGGGCGGUGACAACUUGGACGGCUCGUAUGUCGUCGGCUGUGAGGUGAGCGUCGUUCGGGGCGUUGAAGACUUCUGCUUUCCGACCCACUGCAGCCGAGGAGAGCGCAGACAGCUCCUCUCACUGGCUAAAAAAGCUCUGCAGCGUCUGGAUUCAGAGCUUCCAGGUCACCUCGUCUCUGUGGAGGAGCUGAGCGAGGAGCAGCAGAGGCAGCUGAACAUGAACGCCCCGUCGGCUCUGCAGCUUCGCACCGGUGUGGCCCGUGAUUGGCCCGACGCCAGGGCAGUCUGGGUGAGUGAUGACAGCAGUUUGGUGAUCUGGAUCAACAUCGAGGACCACGUGAAGCUUGUGUUAAAAAAAGAUGAUGCCAAUAUCACCGAGGCUUUCAAAGACAUCUACACCUACCUGCAGAAGCUGGGCGACUUCUACAGAGAGCUCAAACACCCGUUCAUCUGGAAGCAUCAGCUCGGCUGGGUGACGAGUUCCCCCGCUGAUGUGGGGACGGGUUUAAGGAUCGGCGUCCGCCUCAAACUGCAGCACUUCUCCCGACACAGACGAGCCCAGGACAUCCUGAGGAGACUGAGGGUCUCCAUGGAGAGGACAGAAUCCCCGGCGCUCUACCGUGUGAGCAACGUGGCGACCUUCGGUGUGAGUGAGGUGGAACUGACCCAGCUGGUGGUGGACGGGGUCAAACUGCUCAUCGCCAUGGAGAAAAGGCUGGAGGACGGCAGGGACAUCGAUGACCUCGUUCCUGCGCAGAAGUAG